CCCGAGAUCGAGGUCUUUGAUCGGAGUGUGCUAUGCCUAAGGGCAACGUAUCCAGGUGUAGUGCUUCUAUGCAGGCAACACCGACGGCUAUCGCUGGCCUGCAAUGCCGAAGAGCGCUCUUAUUUUCCCCGGUUCGAACGAAAUCGUUGUCCAUUGGGCAAUGCCCAAGUUGAAGAGUUCCCGCAGAAGUGACGUGGACUGUCCUGCCACUCGCACAGCAGCCAUCCGCACUGCGAGUUCGAUAGGCAGCGUUCGUGCCUGCCCAGCGAAAUGGGCGCUUCGCUGUGAAUCGCUGCGGGCGAGCCAGAGCGGACCAAAAGAAGUGCUCGUGUGGACGCAGCACCGAAUCUCGCUUGCUUUUCUUGAGGUGCGUCCUUCGUCCCAAGCAGAGCAAGCCGCCCGGGAAAGCUUGGGUUCCGCCGUGACGGAAGAGUGCACCCCGGGAUAAAUUGGAUGGCCUCGUCACGUGAGCUCCGUACAGCUCGGAUGUGGAUACAACAGCAACUUGGUGCCGCGUGGCGCUUUGGUUGCACAAAGUACAAGUUAAUCCAUGUUGCAUGGUGCAACAUGCACCAUAACUUUUGUCAAUUUGGACUCACUGAUGAAAAAUCCU